CUCCACGUACUGAGUACGCAUAUGCAAUGCACACGCCAAUUGCAGAUACAUAUGAUAUGGCAAACUCUCACCAUACUAUCUAUUCAUGGCAGGCAGAAGAAUCAAAAGCUGACGGUAUCAGCUUCUAUCAUCCGACUCACUGACAGCUGGCUUUCAGUCGACCACCUCAGAUGAUACCUGCUUCGAAUUACUGCAUUGGCAUGCAUAUUUUGAUUUCUUGAUUGACCUUCGAUCCGGCUCCUAGCUCAAGCUCAGGGUGUCAGCUGGCAUAACACCCUCAACUUCAACUUCAAGGUUACUUCGCGACGACGCUCGAUGUGGACCAUGCGAUGGGACGUGCUCUGCAUAGCGUUUGCAGGUUGGUUCGUUGCCUAUGCCAUCCAGGCUAGACGACGUGCGGUCUUGCUCCCUCCUGGUCCAAGAGGCCUCCCCUUCAUCGGCAAUGCUCUUCACCUUUCGCUUACAGAUUCAUUCAUGCAGUUCCGUCAGUGGGCUGAUUGUCAUGGACCCCUGAUCUACUUCCAUACCUUCGGCCGAGAGUUUGUCGUCGUGAACGAUCUCAAAAUGGCACUAGACUUGUUCGAUCAACGUUCAGGCAUCUAUGCUACAAAGCCGCGCCUUGUCAUGGCUGGCGAGCUCGUCGGGAAAGAGAAGACCUCCAUGGUUUUCUCAAAGUACAACGCGCUCCACAGGAAAUGCAGAAGGAUCGCGCACUCUUGGAUGAACAAGCAACACGUGCGCGAGUAUUCAUGGCCACUGCAGGAAGCGGCAUCUUACCGCCUGCUCGUCUCGGUCUUGGACAACCCAGCGAACUUCUCGGAGGCAAUCCGGACCAAUGCCGGCGCAGUUUUGCUGAAAGCACUGUAUGGCAUCGAAUGCCUGCCGGUGGACGACCCGAACAUCAAUCUGUCGGAACAUGUUUGCGAGCUCACGAACGAGGCGGCGCACCCCGGUCGCUGGCUGGUUGAUUCCUUCCCAGUUGUACGUACAUGCCCCAAUCGGCACGUGGUUCCCUGGGGCCACUUCAAGCGCUGGGCCGCGGCCUCGCGCGAAACGACGGAGCGUCUCAUUCGGGGACCGUUCAAUGCAGUGAAGGAUUCUAUGCGUGAAGGCUCUGCCAUAUCAUGCUGGGUCGCCGACACACUCCUGGACGAAGCCAAAGGCGCGAAAACCGUUGAUGACAUUCACGCCGCCAUGGUCGCUGCGGGGACGCUGUAUGCCGCGGGUAUCGAUACCACUGUCAGCGCAAUCCGGAUGUUCUGGCUGAUGAUGGUUCUUCACCCGGACAUCCAGCGCAAGGCCCAAGCGGAAAUCGAUGCGGUCGUCGGGACGCAGCGGCUUCCCACCAUGGAGGACAGGGAGAAGUUGCCGUAUCUGAACUGCAUCAUCAAAGAGGUUCUCCGAUUCGGGACGAUUGUGCCUCUCAUGCCGCACAGCUUGGACGUGGACGAUGCGUGUACUAUCUCCUUGCGUCCGGCGAUAUACCACAAUCCCAACACGUAUCCAAGUCCGGACGAGUUUCGCCCCGAACGCUACCUUCCCCAUUCAGGUCCAGUCGCUGCGUUCGACCCAGAGGUCAUCGGCUUCGGGCUCGGCCGCCGGACGUGUGUGGGAGAGCACUUUGCGCAGGCCAUCAUGUUCCUCAACAUGGCGCACACGCUCGCUGUGUUCGACCUCCGGCCCGCGAAGGACGCGAACGGCGUGCCUCGCCCGCCUGCCGUCGCCUGGAGAGGCGGACAUAUCCGGUGCGUCCGAGUCGUCGUGCCGUCGUGCCCCCUCUGGCGCAUUUCGCCAUUUAGCUUGCUGACGUCUUGACAUUGACUUCGGUCUUUGCUGGAACCGUCUGUAGGCGACCAGCUGACUUCACGUGUGAAGUGGCGCCCAGGUCUGCUGAGAAGGCCGCACUUGCGAGACAGGCUCUAGCCAGGAUCAAGACUGAAUGCUGAAGCGUUGACGGCUGUUGCUUAACCCCUGAAUGAAAAAUGUGAGGUUUUGGUGGACGUUCUGCGUGUAGCAUGUACAUUAGCGUCAGCGUAUAGCACUUCGAUCCUUUCACACGAGUGAAUUGUCGAACAGUUGGUGAGUCGUACAGAUGCUGUUUGACACGUUGUAGGUUUCGAGAGAGAUCGGGAAGCUUGGAGUAUCGCGAGUAUCGCUUGUUGCAUGUAUUACACAGUUAGAUCUUGCUGUAGUCAAUGCGCGUUCCUGUCACU